CGUACUGUGUAUGUACAGCUGUGCGGGAGUGCAUUUACUGUAAUUACUAAUUACAAAGUCUGUUUUUCUAAGGGAAGAUGUUUCACGGACUUAUCACAGUAGGAAGUCACACCACUUCCCUAUCGUGGAUUUGAAGAACAUACGAGUGGUGCGAUCUGCUACAAGACAAGGGCGUCGCGUCCGUCGUUCCGAGAGCUCAGGAGAUGGCGCGUCCGUCCCCCCCGCCGCCGGCGUGUUCUGCCUCUCUUAGGCGCUCAUCUGUGCCGCCCCCGCGGGAGGAGCUCCGGGAGACGCGUCAGACACUCGGAAAACUUACUGCACUCUCUACUAUGGCAGACAGUUACCAUGACCAGCUACUAAGGGACUCUGAAUACCUGCGAAGUGACAAGCGCUUGGACAAUGAGUUAGUGGACAAACUGGUCUUGCAGCUGAACAGAAUCUACCCACAGAUACUGAGCAACAAGGAAGCGCAGAAAUUCCGGGACCUGAAUGUGCCCACCGGCCUGCGGCUGACCCAGCUGGUGGCCCACUUGCAAGGCAAGGGUGAGGAGGCCUGCUGUGAGCUGUACCGGGCUCUGCACAUCCACGCCGAGGAUGUGUACUUCAGCCUACCCACCCGCGUCAGCCGUAGGGAAACUGCAGAUGCAAAAGGGACUAACAUUGCCACCGACCUAAGGGAGAAAUAUGUUCUAAAUGACAGGGGUCCAUGGUUCUUCCUCAGCUGUUUCAGCCUUGCUGUAGGAGUGGCCCUGCUCUACUACUACACUGAGAGCAAGGACCUUGGCACUGAUGCCAGGAAGGUGCUAGGGUUCGCGGCACUCGGGCUGGGCCGGCAGGCCUCGGAGGUGCUCAUAUCAUACGUAGAAGAUCCCAGCAGGGAGCAGUAGGACCCACAGCCACCGUGCCUUUCGCCAUGCUGCCCUUGAGCCCCUCACAGCCAACAUCAGGGAAAUUCACACACCCGUUUGCCAUGCAGUGCAGGAGGCUUUGUUGUACCUUUUUUAAAUGCAUGUGUAAUAUCUGUGUUAUAUACAAUAUUUUGCUCUUCCUAAAUAUUUUAUGAAUAUAUAUCUAUUUUUUAAGUGUUGGGCACUUGUUUUCUGCAAGCAAGGGGUUUCUGUACUCUUUGUAAGAGUAUGAUACUCACCUCUUUAGUUUUAUAUCUUCUCUAAGGGCUGUUUUUGUUGGGUUUUGCUGUCGGUGCCAGAAUUAGUUUAUUGGAAAUUUUACCAGCAAGCGUUACUGUAAUACGAAAAAUAGCAAUGCCGUUGUGAUUUGUAAUACUCUUGAAGCGGUUAUAGCCUUAUAGCAUUCUUUUAGUCAUGUCUGCAGCAAAUUAAAUACACUGAUUAUCACUUUGUGUCACAUGCUUGUAAGACAACCACAAUGAUUUUUAACACUAUUAUGCCAUUUCACAGUGCCUAAACACAUGAACUAUGCAACAAAACGUAUUCUGUCCACAACCUGUUACUAUAUUGUACCGCAUUUAUGCUUUUUUCCCACAGUGCUGCUGAGAACAGUUUUUAUUGAAGAAAGUUUUACGCACAAUUAUUUUUGAACAAGGUCCAUGCUGUUGUCACAGUUAUAUUUAUUUAAAUAAAUUGUACAUGAUAAACAAUAUUGCAUUCGAACUGUACAUUCUGAUGAAUGGCAUUUAACUGGUAACUCAGUCCUCCAUACCGAGGUUGUGUGUGUUUUUUUUAUUUUUUUAAACUCAAGAUGUCGUUAUGAUUGAAACCUAGGGCACAACAGACAGACUUUGUCCAUCAUUAUCAAAAUUGGUCUCUCUGGCUAAUUGUACUACUUUGUUAAAGUUGCACAAGAGACAAUGCAAGUGGAACAGAACAGGUAUCAGAGAUGUAUUCUAUCUGACAUUCAAGCAUUGAGCUCUGCCUUUAGCCAUGUGUCUAUUCAUCUGUUGUCCUUCCUGGUUUAGAAUGAAAUGUCUGUGUCUGACUCAUCAGGGGACUGUUAACAUUCUGCAUUAUUUAAACUGUCCAUCUAUUAUGUAUGUAAAACCACUUGCCCUGGGGACUAGAUGCUAUAAACACUGGCAUUUAUGCCUUCAAGUAAUACAGAGUCUGAUGAGAUUCUACCAUUUGCUCUUUUUUUCUAGUUUGAAAGAAAAAGAAAGUCGAUACAAUAACACAGACUGCUUAUAAAUCCAAGUCAGUCCCACUGCCACCAGCUGAAAACUGCUCUGAGUGAAAAUGUUGCCAGAGGAGAUAGAAAGCAACAUGGUGUAAACAGCACCCAUGGUAUUUGGAGAAGGAUAUCACCAACAUAAAGAUAGGUUGUGAUUUUAAUGAGAGUAUGAGUAAGGCAUCUCAAGAUAUGAAUAUUUUUAUAAUAUUUUGUAAUAUCAGUUCAUAUAAAGACAUGCUUUUAGCAAACCCACAGUACAUAUUUGUUCCUCAACCAACACAACAUACAGAUGGGACUGAGAAGGCACAAAGUAUAAAAGAAUAUAAAAAGAUAUUUGAGUAUAUUUUUUCUACAACAAUUCUUGUAAAAACUAAAUAGUUAAACUCUGGAAUGAUUAUCUGGAUAUGAGAAAAUAACACAGAGGCACAAAAUACUGUCAUUUACAAGUGAGCUGAACACAGUCACCUCUUACCUUAGAAAAUAGGCAUUUAGAUACCUAGACAGUCUGUCCUGCAAAAUCACCAUGUAAAAAGUAACACAAAAGUGUUGAGCAACUGAAGUCAGACUAGAGGGGGGUCAUAAAUCCUUUACCUGCAAUAUAGCUUAUGAUCAUGCCCAGAUCAAUCCUUUAUGCAGCUACUCCUGUAAUAUAACAUAAAUG